AUGACGAUUUACGAGAAGAACCUGAACGACGUGAUCACCGUCGUUAAGGCGAAGCCCGGUUACAAGGCCUUCGCAUCACUCGUCGGCGCAAUUCUGAAGCAAACGCAGCUGAAGAGUCUCGUGCAGCAGAACCUAACCAUCUUCGUUCCCAACGACAAGGCGCUUAACGAGUUCAACCUCACGCAGUACGCGACCGCCGACCUCCUUAAAGUCGUCAAGUACCACGCCGUCAAGGGCACCUACACCUUUGCGCAGCUGCAGGCUCUCGCCGCAUCUGGCGGGAAGCUCCAGACGACCCUCGGCCUGACGAUCUCGCUGACCCCUACGAAGAAGGGCGUCGGAAUGUUCGGCAUGGAGAAGAUAGGCGCCGCUGUCCUCGAUAAGGACAUCUCCAUUAAGCCGACGGUGGUCGCGCAGGGAAUUUCCCGCGUGUUGAAGCCUAAGGGGUUCGUUAUCAAGGGCGCGGGCGCGGCUACCCCGACGACUAAGUCACCCGCGGCUGGCUCUCCUGCUCCUAAGACUACCACUCCCAAGACUCCUAAGGCUCCUAAGACCACCGCUUGA